AUGGUGACAGUGGUUGCGGAAACAUUGACGAUAGAGUCCUUCAAGGAAUAUGGGACGAUAAUCUCGCCAGAUGAAGAGAUUUCUAGGCUGCAGGACCUCGAGAAAGGUGCAAACCAAGGAACAGCUAUCAAAUUGCUUCAAGUAAGCCGGGUUGAGAAUGGGUCUACUAGUAAAGUUCCUAAUUGGAACUUAUUCCGUUGCUUCCCACAGGCGCACCUUAAUAGAAUAUUCGCUCGAGGCCUUAAUCAGGGAAUUUCUCAUUCGAUCAAAGUCCUCGAAAAGCAUCCGUGUAGUUCGCAAACGUUCGUGCCCAUGGGGAGAACGUCUGCUGAAGUAGCAUACUUAGUAGUAGUCGCUAAAGAAUAUGCAAAUAAACCAGACUUGUCUACGUUGAGGGCUUUUACAUGUUUAGGCGGUCAAGCUGUUACCUAUGGCCUAGGCAUUUGGCAUGCGCCCAUGAUAGUACUUGGCAAGCAAGAGCAUUUGGAUUUUUCAGUCUUGAUCUACGAAAGUCUGGAGCCUGAGAGGCCCGAGAAGGACUGUGUCGAAGAACACUACGGCGAUGGUGACAUUUGUAUUACUAUAUAG